AUGGAGGAUUUUCAAGUUAAUGAUCCUGUUUACAGUAAAAUCAUGGGUUUCGUUAUUGAUGGCAAAGUCCCAGAGUCAUGGAGACAGCCAUUUUAUUUCAAACCAAAUUCAAACAGCUUAGUUCAAAAUAAAUCAGGUCCAUGUGGCCUCUUUGCUGCCCUCCAGGCGCAUAUCAUUAAAAAGCAAACUGAGUGCCCAGGAUACACUAAUCAGCAAUUAUUAUGGGAAUCGAUGUUAGAAAUUAUGAGAAAAGUUAGAGGAACAUACUUAUUCUGCACAUACAUUGACCAACAAAGCCAUCGCAUUGCAUGGAAAGCUACAGCGGAUCUUAGAACAGCUCAGACAUUUUUAGGUCAGAGUCGUUGGACAGAUGAUCCGCAAGCAACACUUCUCUUUGUAGUUUCCAUUGUAAUAUUAGUUGGUCCUGUAUGGCUUCGAUACUUUUCAAUUCCAGAUCAUGUUAUUGAUGAAGCUGGAUAUACAAACCUUACAUUUGUUUUAUUACUAAUUACAGGAGAAGUGUUAGACUCUUAUAUUGAUAAUAAUGGUUCGGUUGGUGGUAUGGCUUCAAAAGGAACCACUGUACAACCCGAAUUUGGAUUAUUAUCUAAUGCAGAAUGCGUUCAAUACCAAAAAAUCGGCCAUUUCUUAACGCAUCCUCAUCAAAAUAUUUGGGUUGCUUAUUAUGGAGCCCACUUUACAGUCAUGAUCGCUGGUCCUUCUGGAUUCUUUGAAUUCGAUUCACUUUCGAAGUAUCCAUGGGUUCCAUUCACACCAAAGCAUCCUUUCACUGAGCUCCUUAAUAAUGCCUAUCGUGGAAAUUAA